AUGCGGUUGUCAUCAGUCCCAGCUGCCCUCCUGGCGGCCAUUGUAGGGACUGCGCAGGCAGACCACGCGUCUGACCUGAAGAGCAUUUCGCCCUACCUCGACUCAGAUAUGCAGAGCCGUUGGUUCGAUUUUGGAGGAGAUACCAUUGUCCGAACCGAUUCUUAUAUUCGCUUGACCUCAGAUCUUCCCUCGCAAUCCGGCUGGCUGUUCUCCCGUGUGCCUCUAACCGCCACGAAUUGGGAGGUCGAAGUUGAAUUCAAAAUCUCGGGGAAGCACCAACUCUAUGGCGAUGGCUUUGCUAUGUGGAUCACCAAGCAGCGCGGCCAGAUGGGCCCUGUCUUCGGAUCGGUUGAUCGAUUUGAGGGCCUGGGAAUCUUUGUCGACACCUACAAGAAUAACCGGCCCGGCGUUGUGUUCCCCUACGUCAUGGCCAUGUAUGGCGACGGCCAGCGCUCCUACAACAAGAACGACGACGGCAAGGAGACCGAGCUGGCCGGCUGCUCAGCUCGCGGCAUCCGACAUGCCAGCGUACCUACCAAGAUGCGUCUCACUUACAUCCAGGACAAGCAGCUCAAGCUUGACCUCCAGUACAGGGAGGAAGACGAGUGGACGUCCUGCUUCGAAGUAGACAACCCUCCUCAGAUCCCCAACAUCGCCUACCUCGGAUUCAGCGCGGAAACCGGCGAGCUCAGCGAUAACCACGACAUCAUCUCCGUCUCCACCAAGAACCUGUACAACAGCCCUGGCAGCACGACUAACCAAGCAGGAGCGAACAAGGGCCGACCCAUCCAAAGUAAUGUUGUCAAGGAAGGCAGUAGCUGGACCUGGUUCUUCACCAAGAUCAUCCUAUUCUUCGUUGCUGUUGGUGGUGUGUACGUGGGCUACACUGCUUACCGAGCCAAGAGCAAGAGCCACCGAUUCUAA